UUUUGUCAGCACGUUAUUUGUACGCCAAACUAUCGUGAAACCUUUGAAAAUAUUCUCCAAACAGUGAAAAACUAACUUUCAGAAUGGCGCAAUUCGAUUUAACAAGAAUAAAUUGUCAAUUUUUGGACAGGCAUCUUACUUUCCCGUUGUUGGAAUUCUUGUGCGGAAAGGAGAUAUACAAUCAACAAGAAUUGUUGGAAUACAUCCUAGAUACGGUCAACAAAACCAACAUGAUCGAUUACACCAUGGACACACGUAAACGUUUAAACCUUAGUCAAGAAAUGCCGGAAGAGUUGGUGCAACGCAAGGCUGAGGUGCUGGCUACACUAAAGCAAUUGCAAAAUGAAGUAGCACCGAUUAUGAAAGCUACCGAUAUUCUUAAGAAUGGUGAGAGCAUGAAAGACUCCAAAACUUUUGUUAAUGCUCUGCAAAAGGAUUACAACUUUAAGGUGGAACAUUUGGAAAGUGCAUACAAGCUGGCUAAGUAUUUGUAUGAGUGCGGUAACUACCAAGAAUCAACGUCCUACUUAUAUUUCUGCCUGAUUGUGAUGUCACCAAACGACAAGAACUACCUUAAUGUAUUAUGGGGAAAAUUGGCAGCUGAAAUUCUGACCUUGAAUUGGAAUACAGCUUUGGAAGAUUUGACACGCUUGCGCGACUAUAUCGAUAAUGCCAAUUUCACAACAAUACAAGCACUUCAACAACGGACCUGGUUGAUCCACUGGUCAGUGUUGGUAUUCUUCAAUCAUCCCAAAGGUCGUGAUCUUAUUAUUGAUAUGUUCUUGUAUAAGCCUCUCUAUUUGAAUGCUAUACAAACAAUGUGCCCACACAUUAUGCGGUAUUUGGCCACUGCUGUCAUCAUCAAUCGUACGCGUCGCAACGCACUCAAGGACCUCAUCAAGGUGAUCCAGCAAGAAUCGUACACCUACCGUGACCCCAUAACAGAGUUCCUUGAAUGUCUUUAUGUGAACUUUGAUUUUGAAGGUGCUCGUUUAAAACUGCACGAAUGCCAAACUGUGAUCUUGAAUGACUUCUUCAUUGUCGCCUGUUUGAGUGAAUUCGUCGAGGACGCUCGUCUAAUGAUUUUCGAAACUUUCUGCCGUAUUCAUCAGUGCAUCACGAUUAGUAUGCUUGCUGACAAGCUGAACAUGAAACCUAGCGAAGCUGAAUGCUGGAUUGUCAACUUAAUUCGCAAUGCUCGUUUAAAUGCCAAAAUUGACUCAAAAUUGGGACACGUUGUUAUGGGAACUCAACCUCUGAGUCCCUACCAGCAACUGGUAGAAAAAAUUGAUUCAUUGUCUAUGCGUUCAGAGCAUUUGGCUGGAUUAAUCGAGCGUAAAAGUAAGCAGAAGAACCCCGAAUCGGCCGACUCAUGGAAAUAUUAUUGAAUAUAAACGAAAAAAGUAGUCUGUAAAGUGUAACACAAACGAAUUACAAUUACGUACUAAAGGGUUGGAUUUGCUUGCUAGUGUUCGGAAGGAGUAAUAUUUAAUACAGCAUAGAAAAUGUAUAAUAUAAAUUUUUGUA